AUGCGCAAAGUGAUCCAAUCGAACAUUUUUAUGAAUCAGACCGCAGUCAAAAUGGCUAAUUUAGACUGCAUGUUUGAUAACAUGUUUACAAAACCUAUGGACAAAGCAGGUAAUUCGAUGCUGAACCAUAAUGAAGUUUUAUAUUUCGCUGACAUAUGUGCUGGCCCCGGAGGAUUUUCCGAUCGUGUCCUUUGGCGUUCGAAAUGGCACGCAAAAGUGUUUGGUUUUACUUUGAAGGGGGAAAAUGACUCUCAGUUCAAAGAUUUUCUGGCUGGUACGCCAGAAGCUUUUAAUGGUCCUCAAAAUAACGGCGACAUGUUUGACUUAGAGAACAUCGAUGAGUUAGCAAAAUAUGUUCUUGAGCAAACGGGCGGUGAGGGAGUCCAUGUUAUGAUGGCUGAUGGCGGUUUUUCCGUUGAAGGCAAUGAGAAUAUGCAGGAAGUUUUAUCCAAACCACUUUAUCUGUAUCAACUAUUGGUUGCACUCAAGAUCGUUCGUACCGGUGGGCAUUGCGUCGUUAAAUUGUUUGAUUUAUUCACACCUUUUAGCGUGGGAUUAUUGUAUUUAAUAUCAAAGUGUUUUGACAAAAUUUCCAUUUGUAAACCCAACUCCAGUAGACCCGCCAAUUCUGAACGUUAUUUGGUGUGUAAGUGGAAGAAACACGACACCGAACUGAUUUGUAAACAUUUAUACACAAUUAACGAUUUUCUACAGAGGAAUAGUAGUCAGAAUUAUGACAUCUUGGAACUGGUUCCUCUUAAAGUUCUAAAGGAAGACAGCACUUUUUACCGGUAUAUUUGUAAUAGUAAUAAUGAACUGGGCACAGCCCAGAUAAGUGGCCUGUUACAAAUUGCAGCUUUUGCAGCAAACCAAAAGCUGGUGGAGGCCAACCAGGAAAAAUUAAGGUUUACAGAUGGACGACGCCAAUCUGGUGUACAGCCGUUGGAGCAACAGACUGUAGAAGAUUUGCUACGACAAUGGAGCAACGAGAAGCAAUUCUUGGCUGCUCCAGAAAAAGAAUUUAACAUGGUAGAAUUGGAAAAGAUAUUUCCUUCUAUCCAUGGGGUGUAUUUUGUGCCUAUACAGAAUGACGAGAACUCCGAUUGGAAUGUUCGUUCAUUCUUUAUUGGACGUGGAGGUAGAGAUAUAUGGCAAUAUAAUGUCUCAGAUGGGGAUUGGUACCCACUGAAAGACGUUCCUUUGGAACUACCUCCCAGAACUUUGAUCUACGGUGAGAUCGUUAUGGAGCUGCAAGGAGAAGGUAAAUCUCCGAUUUUUGAACAAGCCUUCCACAUAAUCGAUGCGAUAGUGCUUGGUGGGGAAGAUAUCCGUAAGCGGUCUCUACCGGAACGAUCGACAAUGUGCAAAAAGUUUGCUGAAGCUUUGAGCAAGCCACACAAAACGAUGCCCGUCAGAUGUAAGAAGCUUGUAGCUUUAGCCGAUUUAGACAACUUCUUCAUGCAAAGCCUGCAAAAUCAUACACUUGACGGGGCUCUCUUAGGUUUUAAGUUAAAUGGGCAGGCGAAAAGUCUGCCGUACGACUACAUCCUGGUUCUUCGGGCGGAGAGAGAGAAAGAGAGUUUGGCGAAGCGAGUGGGAGCUGAGAGUUUCUCCACUAAAAGGCAGCGGAAAGGAUCGGGGUGA